AGAGUGCUAGGAUUACAGGCGUGAGCCACCUCCCCCGGCCCUCAUUUCUUUUUCACUGUUGCUUUGCCAGAUUAGGAGGGAGUGGGGAGUAACCAGACUGCAAGGGGAGGCAGAGGUAGUUGUAGUAAAUCCUUUAAAAAUCCUAGGCCAGCUUUUAAGGCGACUGGGCCCACCCAGGAGCGGAAUGCCUACACCCGGUAAUACUCCCCGGUCGGACGGAGUAGCACCAGGAGGCUGCGCCCGCAGCCGCCUAGGCAAGCCGACAGCUUGGGCGGAGUCCUCCCGCACGCGCUACGCCCCGCCCCUACGUGCUGCGUUUCGCUCCCGCGCAGCGAGCGCCGCGCCGGAUUGGGUAGCGCUGCCACGUCAGGGGCGGGGAGAGCGUCCUCGCGUCCGGGUGUCUUCCGCGGGCUUCGGCAGGGGCGCCGGCAGUGGUUGGUGGGAAAUGGCGGAGUACUUGGCCUCCAUCUUCGGCACCGAGAAAGACAAAGUCAACUGUUCAUUUUAUUUCAAAAUUGGAGCGUGUCGUCAUGGAGACCGGUGCUCUCGGCUGCACAAUAAACCGACCUUUAGCCAGACCAUUGCCCUCUUGAACAUUUACCGUAACCCUCAAAACUCUUCCCAGUCUGCUGACGGGCUGCGCUGUGCUGUGAGCGAUGUUGAGAUGCAGGAACACUAUGAUGAGUUUUUUGAGGAGGUUUUUACAGAAAUGGAGGAGAAGUAUGGGGAAGUUGAGGAGAUGAACGUCUGUGAUAACCUGGGAGACCACCUGGUGGGGAACGUGUACGUCAAGUUUCGCCGUGAGGAAGACGCAGAAAAGGCUGUGAUUGACUUGAAUAACCGUUGGUUCAACGGACAGCCGAUCCACGCCGAGCUCUCGCCCGUGACUGACUUCAGGGAGGCCUGCUGCCGCCAGUAUGAGAUGGGGGAGUGUACGCGGGGCGGCUUCUGUAACUUCAUGCACUUGAAGCCCAUUUCGAGAGAACUGCGGCGCGAGCUGUAUGGGCGCCGGCGCAAGAAGCAUAGAUCGGGGUCCCGGUCCCGGGAGCGUCGGUCCCGGUCUAGAGACCGUGGUCGUGGCGGGGGCGGCGGGGGACGGGAGCGCGACAGGAGGCGAUCUCGAGACCGUGAAAGAUCUGGACGAUUCUGAGCCGAGCCAUUUUUACCUGACGUCUGCUAGGAAGUGUUGUUGAUUGUACAAACCAGUUCAUAAUCGGAAUUUUUU